AGCGCGGCUUCGUGCUUGCGAGGCGACGGUGGGGCCUCGCGUGGGCUGUGGACUAGCGUCGUAGAGCUGUGGUGGCUGUGGGCCCGCCUGUGGGAAAUUUGAGCAGGCGUGCAGCGGUACACAGCACGCUGUGGGGUGCCAAGCUGCGUGGCGUUUUACAGCUGUGCUCAAAGCUGUCCGGAACCGUGACGGGUAGUGCGGCGGCUUGUCGAGCCAUGCGCCUUCUUGUGCAAUUUCUCGCGGCGGCGGCCGUAGCUCUGCAGGCGCCGCCCGCGCGGCAUGUGCGCACACGACGCCUCCAAGCGACGCAGCAGCUCGACGUCGGCUGCUGGAUGUUAUUAGUACCGGAGCUCAACGCGCUGCCCGGGAGGCACGCCUACGACCAGACGGAGUUUUUGAAUACCGACGAGAUCCUGGAUCGGGUCGAUUCGAUUGACGAGGCGGCAGUACUGUCGACCUGUGAUAGGUAUUGCGUGUUUGUUGCCACGAAGAAGAACCUGACCGAGGCGCUGCGCGACGUCGAGACCGUCGUGUCGCGCGAGAUCGCCGUGCGCGCCGGGCGGACUGGAAGGCAGCUCCUGCUGCCACACGCCGAGGGCGGUCCCCAAGCGAUUGCGGCGCCCGAGCUCCCGCAGCAGGCCGUCGCCGGCGCGCUCGACGACACUGCGACGCAGAACAUGCUCGCGGACGCCUUCGAGCAGGUCCGGGCGCGGCGCGCUGCCGCGGGCGAUGUUUUUGCGGCCCAGGUCGCGAAUCACGCGGACCACUUCCAGGGCGACGUCGACGCGUUGGCUGCCGCAUUGGUCGAGGAGCCCGAGACCGCGAGGCGGCGCCAAGUCUGCGAGGUCACGACGAAGGCGCGGCCGACGCGCGAAGACACGACGCUCACCGCUCAACAGGAAGCGCGACUCGAGGAGCGCGCCCAGAAAAGGGCAGCACGAGAAGAGGCCAAGCUCCUGAAGAAGGCCGAGCUCUUCAAGGAGCUCGGCUUCGCGAAAGAGAAGGAACAGUGCGAGCGCUUCGCGCUGCGGCUCGGCGCCGGUCUUGAAUCCACGAUUGUGGGCGACCUGACCAUCCCGCGGCAGCUGCUGGAAUUGCGGGACGAGACGCUGAAGAGCGGCGCGACGCCCAGGAGAGGCGCCCUCCUGCCGUUGAUCGACGCCGCGCGCGCGGCGGGCCGGAAAACCAGGGACGAGACCUUAGGUGAUUUAUCAAUAGCGCGCUUCCCGUCGCGCGAGGACACGAUGAGCGCGGACGAGGCUUCUGCUGUCUUGGAUCACGCGCGGGCUGUGGUGGACGCGGAGCACGCGCAGCUGCUGGAGAGCCGACUCGAGCGGCGCGCAGCACCAAUAAUCCGCGCCUUCCGCGCCCGCGCCGACGCGUUGGUGGCUCGCUCUACGCAUCCGAAGGCGCGGCUUGUAAUGAGACGGCUGCUGCACGCGCCGACGCUGCGCCUCCGGGGUGACCCAGCCGACGCGGACGCGGUCGUCGAGGACGCGCUGCGGCGCGUCGAGGUGGCGCUUGACGAGUUGCCGCCAUAACGUCC